AUGACAAGUAAGCAGAACGAUGCGCUCCGACCAAGCGGUGCCGUUUGCGCGCCUUUACGCGCAAACACAAGUCGGAAUUCCCCCAAGCAGGCACCCAGCGCACCUGAGACCAUCUUCAUCAUCUCAGUGAUGUUGUCUGUCCUGAUCCAGCCAGCAUCAGCUCAUCCUCAGUGCCUGGACUUUGAGCCACCUUUCAAACCACAGUGGCACCUGGAAUUUUGCUCCCAGUAUGAGGAGUUCGGCUGCUGCGACCAGAGGGCGGACAACGUGAUCGCGGAGAGAUACUGGGACAUAAUCGAGGAGCUGGAGACGGCGGGUAAAGAAUUGUGUGAGGACAUGCUGAAGGAGAUCAUGUGCCAGGAGUGCUCUCCUUAUGCUGCCCACCUCUAUGAUGCAGAAGACCCCUACACACCUGUCAGAGACUUGCCAGGACUUUGCUUUGGCUACUGCUCUGAGUUUCACAAUAAGUGUUGCCAUGUGCUCAAAUAUCUAACUGAGAACCAGCUGCUGCUGGACACCUCUGGACGCGAUAUGCCCACGUUCUGCAGCAUCGUUGACCUUUCUGACCAAGACUACUGCUACCCCAAUGUUCUGAAGAGCACCGACCUCAACAGCAACCUGGGACAAGUGGUGGAGGACCCCAGAGGGUGUCUCCAGAUGUGCUUGACUGAAGUGGCCAACAGUCUCAGGAAUCCAGUGUUGAUGCUGCACAGUGGUGACGAAACACACCGGAUGUUCAUUGCAGAGCAGAUUGGCUUUGUUUGGGUGUAUCUGCGCGAUGGCAGCCGGCUGGAGCAGCCCUUCCUGGAUAUCAGCGGGGACGUGCUGACCACGCCUUGGCUAGGGGAUGAGAGGGGUUUCCUGGGCAUGGCCUUCCACCCCAAGUACAGACACAAUGGACGCUUCUUCAUUUACUACUCCAUUCAGUUCAACAGCAAAGUGGAGAAAAUCCGAAUCAGCGAGAUGAAAGUGUCCAGGAAUGACAUGAACAUAGCAGAUCCUUACUCUGAGAGGGUUAUUUUAGAAAUUGAGGAGCCCGCUGCAAAUCACAAUGGAGGCCAGCUCUUGUUUGGUCGAGAUGGCUACUUGUACAUUUUCACUGGAGAUGGUGGAAAAGCUGGGGAUCAAUUCGGGAAGCAUGGCAAUGGACAAAACAAGAGUGCUCUGUUGGGUAAAGCACUGCGCAUUGAUGUGGAUGGAAGCGACUCCAGGGGAAAGCCAUACAGGAUCCCACCUGACAAUCCAUUCUCCGGAGAUCCAGAUGCUCGGCCAGAGGUGUUUGCAUAUGGGGUGCGGAACAUGUGGCGAUGCUCCGUGGACCGGGGUGACCCAGUGAGCGGCUAUGGCAGGGGCAGGAUAUUCUGCGGAGACGUUGGUCAAAACCGCUAUGAGGAAAUUGACAUCAUUAUCAAUGGGGGAAACUACGGGUGGAGGGCAAAAGAAGGCUUCGAGUGCUAUGACAUUAAGCUGUGCCAGAACUCCUCUCUGAAUGACAUCCUCCCCAUAUUUGCAUAUAACCAUCAUGUCGGGAAGUCAGUCACAGGGGGGUAUGUAUACAGAGGAUGUGAAUCACCCAAUCUGAACGGCCUGUACAUUUUUGGAGACUUCAUGAGUGGUCGGCUCAUGGCAUUGGAGGAAGAUAAAACAGCUGGAACUUGGAAAGAGAAAAGUAUAUGCAUGGGUAGUACAACGACAUGCUCUUUUCCUGGACUCAUCAAUCAUCACCACAAGUUCAUCAUCUCUUUCGCUGAAGAUGAAGCAGGGGAGCUGUAUUUUCUGGCCACUUCGUACCCCAGUGCCAUGUCUCCUUCUGGAACAGUGUUUAAAUUCAUGGAUCCUUCGAGGAGAGCUCCUCCAGGGAAAUGCAAGCAGAAACCGCUCCCUGUUAAAGUGAGAGGGAACAAGUUUCCAUUUGUCCCCAGGGAACUGACUGUGCUGAAGACAAACGAGAAACCAACGAGACCACCACCAAGAAAAUACAAACUGACCACCAAACCACCAGUGACCAGUGGUCAGCACAGAUCUAGAACGACUGGAGCCACCACAACAACCAUGACCACAGCUACGAAGAUGGACAGAAAACCACCCCCCAAGGCUGUAACUAAGAAUAAGAACAAAUCAUGGAAGAAAGAGAAGGAGCAAAAAGAGAAAGAUGCACAAAUAAAAAAGAACACUGUGGGUAAGAAAUCUAAACCACAGACAAGGAAGACGACCGUGAAGACAUCUGUCAGAGUCAAGGUGAAAACACAAGCAAACCAAACUGCCACAAACAGUUUAAACAGUGAGAAAUUAUCAGAGAGUCCAAAAAAUAACAAAAUCAGCUCAAAGAGGAAUAAUCCACAAAUGAAAAAUGCACUAAAGUCAACAGGAAUGAAAAUACAAAUGUCUGAAAGGGAACUUCUUAUCUUGUCAAAUAAAACUAAGACAAAUGUCAAUGUAAAAAGCAAAAAACAAAAGAAGUUACCCUGGGUAAGAAGCAAGCACACAAAAAAUGCCAGACCACUGUAGAAAAUAUUAUAUAUUAUGUUGUUACUGCUUUGAAUAUUCCAUUUUAAGAAUGGUUUUAUGUUAUAAAAUAUGCUUAUUUGCUUAUCUGCCAUGCAUCAAUAAUAAAAAGCAGUAGCUGAUUUUUGUUUCUUAACUGCCACAACCUUCUGCCUCUUCGUCAUAGAGCUUGUUCUUUGCUAGUUAUUGAAGUUUUCAGGCAAUGUGUAUGAGAUAAAAUCAAAUGAAGAUGGGCUCUAAUCAUUUAUUAGAUGACUUCUCAAAGCAGUUGAUUGGAUUUGAUUUGAUUUGAUUUACGGGUAUCAGAUUAAAGGGCACUGAAGGUUAUGUAUGCUUUUCCUUCCAAUUCACAAAUACGUGUUACUUUGUAUUGGCCUAUCACAGGGGUCUGCAACAAUUUAAAAUCUCAAGCAGCUCUUUGUACUUUACACAACGAUCCAAAGAGCAACUUUCAAUAUUUAAAACAUUUUAAAAUAUAGAUAUAUGAACAAAUGCAGGUAUAGGCAGUUUUUUUUCCCAUUGAAUACCUGCAUUAAAUUUCCACAACAAAAUUAUCAUAAAAUGUGAAAACCUUUCAGAAUACUUUUGCAAGGCACUGUAUCUUCAGGUUUUCCAUUAAUCUACAACAAUGUUGCUGAUCCCCUCAUCAGUCUUUAGUUAUAACAAAUUCAAUUCAAAUUCAAAAAUACUUUAUUAAUCCCAAAGGGAAAUUAAAUGUUGUAGAUCAUAUUAUGCAGGUUUCUUCAAAGAGCCGUUGUAGAUGCUGAUGGC